AUGCUGAGGUCAGAUUUAAACUGCGACGCGCUGACAGGGGAGAUCAGGUACACCGUGACACAACCAAGAGUGCCGACUCAUGUUGACCCGGAGCUGCUGGACUACAAGUUGAUUGAUUACAAGGAAUCACCUGUAGAUUCCAAGUAUCUUGAGAGAAUAGAUCCCUAUGAUGGAGAGAGAUCUCUAAAUUUGGAAUUCAGAGUCAGAUUCAACUACCCCGGGAGUUCCUUCAUCUAGAUAGAGUACUUCGAUGAAGACAGCCAAGAUAUCAACUACACCCAGCCAGUAAUCAUCAAUGUUGAACCAACCAUUGUCCUUAGAGACUAUGAUAUAAAGUGCAAGUAACUAAGCAUAAUCACUGUUCUUGCAAGAUAAAUGGGUGAGAUUCCUAGAUGGGAAUCAGUUGUUAACAACAUCUCUCAACUCGGCUACAAUGCAAUUCAUUUCACACCCAUUCAGAAAUAUGGUUAAUCCUACUCUCACUACUCACUUGCAGAUCAAACUCUGAUUGAUGAUUAUUUCUUUGGGAGUGAUGCCAAAAACCUGGAUAAGCAAGAACGAUUACAUCACCUAAGAUAGACUCUUGAAUAUAUGAGAGAUGAAUAUGGAGUUAUUGGAAUAAUUGACAUUGUCUUAAACCACACUGCUAACAACUCCCCUUGGCUACUAGAUCAUCCGGAAUCCGGUUACAACACUGAUGACUGCCCUCAUCUCUACCCAGCUUUUCUCCUAGACAGAGCUUUGGCUGAUUUCUCAGAUGACUUUGCUGAUAAAAGAAACAUGGGAGACUGCCCAAGUGCUCCAUUUAUUUACAAUGAGAAUGAUUUGAAAGCAGUAAUUAAUGCUAUAUAAACAAGAAUCAUCAACAGACUGAAUUUCCAUGAGUUUUUCUUGUUUAAUGUUGAAAAGGUGCUAAAGGAAGUCAAAGAUUUCUUGACAGGUAACAGCAGUUAAAGUCUAAUUCAAGCUGAAAAGCUUACUAUUGAUAGAAAGAAAUGGUUGACUCAUGAUCAUUAUUCGAUUUUAGAAGACAAAUUAACUAGGAAUUUAGGCUAUGGUCCUGAUAGACAACAAGUACAGCUAGAUCUGCCGAUAGCAGCAGCUUAUUUUUACUAUGCUAAUAACUUGAAUGCUGAUAAGGCUUGUUAGGAAUUAAGAUAAUUACUCUAAAAGCACAAUUAAGAUUGGACUGUCAAGGUAUAAGGCUUUAUGAAAGAUGCUCUAAGCAGUAUUGAAGGGACUAUCAGGUAUUUCAAGCUAGAAUUAAGAUAAAGCAAAAUAGAGAAAACUGAAGAGGGUAGACUAUUGAGGAGGUAUUUCACAGAGUUAUUAAAUGAUAAGAGAAGUAAAGUUGCCCACAAUGGAUGGAUAAUGAAUGCUGAUCCGAUGGAAGAUUUUGCAAUGAAAGGAUGGCACUAUUUGAGAAGGAAUAUCAAUAUAUGGAGUGAUAGCGUUAAGCUAAGAUAUGGUACUUGUCCAGAUGAUUCACCUUUCCUUUGGGAUCAUAUGUGUGAAUAUGUUUCUGACAUGGCAUCAGUGUUCGAUGGAUUUAGGUUGGAUAACGCCCAUUCCACUCCUAUUCAUGUUAGUUACUACCUCCUAUAAGUUGCGAGAUCCACUAAUCCAAAUCUUUACAUAAUGGCUGAGCUUUUCACCUCCUCAUCUCUUGCCGAUGCAAUUUUCGUUUAAAAGCUAAACAUUAAUGGACUAGUAAGAGAAAUCUAAAAUACAUAUGAUACUAAGUAACUUGGAGACUACUUUCACUAGUUAACCUGUAGAGAAGCACCACCAGGUCUGAUUGAUAAAGAUUUUGAGAAUGUUGAUGGUACCAAAUAUAGAAUCCUCAAGCCUAUUAAACCUAAUGAUAUCAUUUAUGACUGCACUCAUGACAACCCAUCGCCCAUUGAAAAAUUUAAAACUGGUAGAAUAUCUCUUUCCCAUAUGGGUAUUAUAAGUAUGUCUGAUUGUGCCAUUGCUACUACCUGGGGAUAUGAUUAGUUAAUUCCAAAAAACCUAAAUGUGGUAAAUGAAAGAAGGCUUUAUGAAUUCCCGGACUAAAAAGAUAUUUUCAAGCCCGAUAAUGAGGAUCCAGAUAAGAGAAGAGGUUCAAAAUUAUUAGAGAAAAAAUUGGUAGCAAUAAAGAAUGAUCAAUAAAAGUAAAUAUCUCCAGAAAGGACACCAGAACUAUAAAAGCCGUUUAUACAAAAAAAAACUGAUUUUGACUAUGAAUUUAUAUUCUAUCAUGAUACUGCUUAAUCUGUUAAAGUAGCAGGAUGCUUUAAUUAAUGGAGGAAAGAUAUAAACUUGAACAAAAAGGAUAAAAAUAAAUGGACUUCUCAUAUCAUUUUACCAAUCAUUGAGAGUUAGGACCAUUACGAAUUCAAAUUCAUCAUAAAUGAUAAAGAUUGGGUGGUUAGAAAUGAUCUACCUACUUUCAACAACAAUGGAAACAUUAACAACAUCAUAUAAAUGCCAAAUAGUUAAAGCAAUAGCAAAAGUGAGGUAGUUACUCAUGAAAAUAUCUAAAUUAAAUCGAAUUCAAGUGAAUAUACUUUUUCUGACAUUCGAUAUGCUAGAAGGAUUCUCAAUGAAAUUCAUGAUGAAUGCACAAAAAAUAAUGCUGAAAUAUUCCUUCAUUAGUAGACAGAUCAAGUACUUGUAGUUGUGAGAUAGUUCUCACUAGAUCACGAAGGCAUCGAUGGAAGUAAAGGCUAAGAAUACGAUGCCUAUGUCUCUAUUACAAGGCAUCCUUACUUCAUGGUUGGAGGUGAAUAUCAAUAUCAAACUAAAGUUGAGCUACCAGGUUUCUUAACUGAGAUAGUGAUGGUCUCUUACUUAGAAUUGAAUUACACAUCCUACAAUCAAUUCAAUGAUGACAAAUAACUAAUUAAAGGAGCUAACGCCAAUUUCAAGCUAUUCAAGGACCUAUCAAAGUUCUGUAAAGUAGAGAGAUCAGGCGAGAAAGAUGUGCUAUCCUUUUUCUAGCUACCACCUAGUUUCACUUGUAUAGUCAAAUCUAAGUAUCCCUAAUAGAUGAGAGAGGCUGUCAAAUCUUUGAAUUACCUAAAUAGCUUCGAUACUUCAUUGUUAUGCAAACAGUUAUUUGCGCAUUCAUAGCUUUCAGCUUUCAAUCAUCUUUUAUUUAGAUGCAAUGAAGAAGAGAGAGAUAUUUCUGAUAACAAAAGAGGACCUUAUGGUCUUGAAAAAUACGGAUAGUUUAAAUACUCUGGUCUUACAUCUAUUCUUCAUAUAUUGAGACAAUUAAAAAUAUCUGGAGAUAUGGGGCACGAAUUAUUUGAUAAUAUAAGAUAAGGCAAUUGGUUGAUGGAGUAUUCUGUUGAUAGAUUAAAAUUUAUGUAAGAUGAUUUGAAUUCAGUCAUUUUAUUCCUUUAAGAACAUUUUUAAAAUGUAAAGACACUUAAUAAUACCUUUAAGCCAAAGUACUUUGCCAAGGUUAUUGAAAAAGUGUACAAUGCUGCUGUUUAUGAGGUAUUAAAUGUGCGAAUGACAGAUAAAUUUAUUCAGAGAAAUGAUGAUCUAUUUAUUCAAAGAAUGGCUAUUGCCACUUAAUAAAUGUGGGGCAGAAUACCAUCAACAUACUUUGCUGGGUAAAAAGAUUCAAUGGCUGCCGGACUACCUCACUUUACCACAGGCUAUAUGAGAUGCUGGGGAAGAGAUACAUUCAUCGCUUUAAGAGGAUUAUUGAUAAGCCCAGGCCUUGAAGAUGAAGCUAGAUAGACCAUUUUAUACUUUGCUAAAACAAUGAGACAUGGUCUCAUUCCAAACUUACAUGACAGAUGCAACAACACGAGAUAUAAUGCCAGAGAUGCCACUUGGUUCUUCAUAUAAGGUAUCAAGGAUUUUGUCUAAUUAGCCUAGAAUAAUGGAGCAUCUAUUUUGGACGAAGUUGUGGAGCUUCAUUUCAGAGAUAAUGACUAAAAGAUUCAUUGGGAAAAAUUAAACAGAGGUGAAUAGCCAAGAAGAAUAACUAUUGCUUAAAUGAUACAUGAAAUAUUGCAGUGUCAUGCUUAAGGAAUUUAAUUUAGAGAAUGGAAUGCAGGCACUCAGAUAGAUUCCUGCAUGAAAUCAGAUGGCUUCAAUAUAAACAUAUACCUAGAUGAGGAAACUGGUUUUGUCUUUGGAGGUAACUCAGGCAACUGUGGCACCUGGAUGGAUAAGAUGGGAUCAUCAGACAAAACUGGAAAUAGAGGAAUACCAGCCACUCCAAGAGACGGUGCCCCUAUUGAAUUAGUUGCUUUACUGUUUACAGCUUUGAGAUUUAUGGAUGAUAUGCAUUACCUAGGACUGAUAAAAACUAACAGUAUUAAGACUAGAUCUGGCUAAGAGUGGACUUACAGAGAAUGGGCAGACAGAAUUGAGGCCAAUUUUGAGAAACAUUUUUGGAUUCCAAUGUCAGAAUAAGAAGACAACUAGUAUGUAAUUGAAAAGAGAUUUGUUAGAAGAAGAGCUAUCUUUAAGGAUGUGUUGAGAUCAUCAUAGCCACAGACUGAUUACUAGCUCAGACCCAAUCUAUGCAUUGCAAUGGCUUAUGCUCCAGAUCUCUUCUCAGCAUACGCAGCAUAGCUUUGCCUUAAAAAUGUUGAAAAUAUCUUGAUUGAAAAGGAUUGUAUGGGUGUCAAGACAUUAGAUCCCCAAGAUCCUAGCUAUAAAGGUGAUUACGUUAACAGUGAUGACUCGUGCGGAUGGAAUUAUCAUUAAGGCCCAGAAUGGCUCUGGCCUAUGGGAUUCUUCCUUAAAGCCAAAAUGAAUUUUGGCUAAUAAGCCAUUCUUGGAAACAAAAAGGCAUUAGUUCAUGAUAUCAUGAGGUUCCUAGUUCCUCAUCAGAAGCAUAUACUGUCUGACCCAUGGGAAGGAUUGCCUGAACUUACUAAUUCUCAUGGUAAAGAAUGCAAAGAUUCUUGCACAACGUAGGCUUGGUCAAUUGCAACCAUUCUUGAUGCCCUAAGAGAUUUAUACUACAAAUGA